AUGAACAUGGACAAGGAUAGCCGUGAUGAUUUUACAUUUGCUAAGCUGAGCGACUUGAAGCUGCCGGUCACAUUCAGGAUUUCACAGCUAGAAGGCUUCAGGCGACCUCACGCGUUCACCGAGCUACUGGAGAAGCCUGAGCUAAGGUUUCAUGGAGUUCAACAGUCGCCGGCCCUUUCCGACCUCUAUGUGACCUGCCAACUCGUAGCGGAUAACAAGCCUCUCACAAUCCCGUUCCGGACUUCGUUCAAGGCUUUCACAAAGGACUACACGUGGAACGAAUGGAUCACAUUCCCCAUACGAUAUUGCGACCUCCCGCUGAACUCGCAGAUUACAUUCACUGUCUGGGACAUUGCGGGUCCUCGUGCGGCUGCUCCUGUCGGUGGCUCUACUUUUCGUCUCUUUGGGAAGAAAUGGAGUCUGCGCAGAGGGAAACAUCGUCUUUACUUGUGGCCGGGCCAUGAGGCAGACGGGGCAAAUGAAAGUAGUACCCCAAGCAAGAUGGGAACCCGAGACGAAAUGGGGAGGCUGGAGAAGCUUGUGAAGAAAUAUGAACGGGGAGAUCUGCCAAAGUCAGAUUGGUUGGACACUAUGGCAUUUAGAAGGAUGGAAGAAAUCCAUGCGUCCGAGACCGAGAAGUCUGAGAACCUCUUUCUGUAUAUCGACCUCCCCCGGUUCGACUUUCCUGUCAUUUUCUCUGAAACCGAUUCGUUGAGUACAAGCACAUCUCCUACCCCUGUUAUCCCUGCACCACCAGUGGUUACCGCUGUGUCGUCCGCUUUAGCUGUUGACGCGCACCUAUGGGCCAUUGUCGACCCAGACAUUGCCAAAGAGAACCCUGUCGAAGAUAAACAUCGACGACUCGUGCGAAGCCAUAGAAGCAGCCCGUACGACCGAGAGCUCAAACCUAAUGCAAAGAUCCGUGACGAGCUGAACGAGAUUCUCAACUACGCGCCGAGCCAGCCGUUAACCUCCGAAGAGAAGGAUCUCAUUUGGAAAUUCCGGUUCUAUCUCACAAGAGACAAGCGGGGACUGACCAAGUUCUUGAAAUCCGUGACUUGGCGGGACCCCGCGGAGGUCAAGCAGGCUGUUGAAGAGCUUCUUCCGCAAUGGACUGAAAUCGAUAUCGAUGACGCUCUUGAGUUGCUCGGCCCCAAUACCGUGGAUUCGCGUGUGCGAGCGUAUGCGGUGAAGCAGCUCAGCAAGGCGGAUGACGACGAGCUAUUGUUGUACCUCCUGCAACUUGUUCAAGCCCUCAAGUUUGAGAGCACCGCCAGCGACCAGCGGUCCGCAAGGUCUACUUCAAGCGCGGUAUCAUACGAUGACAGCGGGCUGGCAGACUUUUUGAUUGGACGCGCUGUCCGCAAUCCUUUGUUAGGGAACCGUUUCUAUUGGUAUCUUGUAGUGGAGGUGCAGCUUGAGGACAGGAUCAUGGCCAAGAUGUACGGUCGUGUCGUCUACAAGUUUAUGAACAAGAUUCUCGAGUCUGAAAACGGUGCAGAUCGAAGAGACCUGAUCAAACGCCAGGGAGAACUGGUCGAUACCCUCGCGAAGCGUGCUCGGGAGCUGCGGAUGUCGAAGGAUCCACGACCAAAGAAAAUCGAAAAGUUACGCGCCUUCCUUGCAGACUCGAAGAAUGGCCUGUCGUCGAUGAUGUCCCUCCCGCUCCCUCUGAACGCAAAGGUUGAGAUCGCCGGCAUCGUCUCUGAGAAGUCGUCCGUCUUCAAGUCGAACAUGUUUCCGAUGUUGCUAUACUUCCAUGCGCCUGAUGGUAGCGAGUACCCGAUCAUCUUCAAAGACGGCGACGAUAUGCGCCAAGACCAGCUCGUUAUCCAGAUCUUCACACUCAUGGACCGGCUCCUGCGCAAGGAGAACCUGGAUCUCAAGGUCAGCCCCUACGACGUCCUUGCGACGGGCCCAACGCAAGGCAUGGCACAGUUCAUCCCAAGCAAGACGAUCGCAGCGAUAGUCAGUGAGAACGGGACGUUGUUGAAUUACCUUCGGGCCCACCAUCCAGACGAGGGCAGUGUCGGAACAUAUGGUGUCGAACCUGGGAUCUAUUUGGGCCUGACGGAAAUGAUAGCUGGGUAUUGCGUGAUGACCUACUUGUUGGGCGUUGGAGAUCGACAUCUAGACAAUCUGCUUCUUGCACCUGAUGGUCAUUUCUUCCAUGUUGAUUUCGGAUACAUCCUUGGGCGCGAUCCCAAGCCCUUGGCGCCGCCGGUGAAGGUCUGCAAAGAGAUGGUCGACGCGAUGGGCGGAGUGCAGUCUGUGCACUACGCUCGCUUCAAGAACUUUUGCUUCACAGCGUUCACGAUCCUCCGCAAGAGCGCGAAUCUGAUUCUGAACCUGGCCACGCUCAUGGUCGACGCGAAUAUCCCGCACAUCAAGCAUCGUGAUGUGCACGAGCAGGUGCUCGGCAAGUUCUGCCUUGAGAUGACAGAAGAGCAAGCGAUCGAGCAUUUUGAGAAGCUGUUGAACGACAUCUCUCCGUUUACGGUCGUACUCGACAGGAUGCAUGACUGGGCACAGUACUGGAGGAGUUAG